CCACCGGCUAAACUGCUCCCAACUUCCCAGCGGCUGCUGCCUCCCACCGCCGCCGCCUACAACCCCCAUCAUGCUGGACGGGCUGCGGGUCGAUGGCGCAGAGCAAUGACUGAGGAGCUCGAUGAAGACGUGGUGUUCGAGAACUCUCCUCUUUUCCAGUACCUGCACGAUUUAGGCCACACAGACUUUGAGGCAUGUCCGACGGCAUCGCAGGAGGAGGAAUAUGGAGGACCAGAGGGAGACCUCCCCCCGCCGCAGAAAACCUCUGGAGGACGGUUGUGGAGGUUGGCUGAGGCCGUGUGGAGAUGGAGCCCGAUGCACCAGGCAGCUGCAUCUCAUAAGCUGGAGCAGCAGCUGGACUGCGUGUUCGGCCAGUACUCGGUGAGGUGCAUUCUGGACCAGGACGUGCUGCUGCAGGAGGACGUGGAGCUGAUUGAGCUGUUGGACCCGAGCCUGCUCACCCUCGCCUCCUCGCUCUCUGGCUCACCCAGCCGAGCCAGCACCCUGCCCAGACCGAGCUUCAUCGCCAGGCCCUCCCUCUGGGACAUGGCGGGGCUGGUUGGCCUGGCCGCGGUGCUGAUGGGUCUUUGCUCCGUCUCCGAGGGCCUCUGGUCUCUGGCUGUCGCCCCCUGGAGCCUGGCCCUGCUGGGCUGGGUCGGACUGAGGGGGAUCACGCUCUGGAGACGGGGCCGUGUGCAGAGGGCCGUCCACGCCCGCGUCACACAGCUCCAGACUAUGGUCCACAACGGCAAGACUCUGACGGGCCUGUCUCGUAAAGCCCUGCGUCUGGUGCAGGAGACCGAGGUCAUCUCCAGAGGAUUCACCCUUUUGCUCGACAGGGUGAGUGCAGCCGGCUCCUUUAGCAGGGCGGGUCCAGGGGCGGUGCCGCGGGGCCAGCAGCUGAUUGGACUGAGGAAGGCUCUCUACCGGGCCCUCCGCUCAGCCUUCAGAGCCUCGCGUAGGGCCACCUGUCACAUGCUCAAGGCGUUUCCUCUCAACUCUGAGAUCGAUAACGUGACAAACUAUGUGUCUGCGGUGCCUCUGAAGGAGCUGGGCCUCGGCCUGGGAAUCGAGCACCUGGGGGACGAGCAGGCGCAGGAGCUGACGGACGACUACAGCCUGCCGGCCCUGAAGAUGCUGUUCCAGCUGUGGGUGGGACAGAGCUCUGAAUGUUUCCGCCGAUUGGCUCUUCUACUAUCCCCGCGCCGAAUAGAGGACCCGGAAGAGGGCGUGCUCAAAGGAGAAACCCCCCCUCUUCCUCCAUCUCCCCUGCACCUCUCUAUCGCCGCUGUAACUGAGCCCCUGCAUCUCGCCCUGGCCGGCUGCCUCUGUGAAGUGCAGCGCAGCUACGACUUCCACCGGCACUUUGAAACCCAGCCGAGGUCGACGGGCUCCGACAAGACCGGGCGAGCCAGGGAGAAGUGCCGGGAGCUCAACACCCUGCACACGUCCAUCCGAAGCCUUCAGCUGCACCUCAAGGCCAUGCUGAGCGAGAUGAUCAUCCUGGAGGACGACCUGGAGAAACUGAUGGUUUCCAAGGAGCUGACGGAGCUGUCGUGCGAGGGCUACCAGGACCUCAACGACCGGCUGCACCAGCUGCAGCCGCACAUGCAGGCCAGCACGGGCUGCUGGGAGGACAGCGUCAACCAGGUGGCGCGCAUGCUGAGACGGGCCAACGCCUGUUCAGGUAAUGCUGAAGGCCAGGAGCAGUGUGGAGCCCCUGUGACUGAGAUUCCUGCUCCUCCUCCAUCGUACCCCUUGAUCCUGGACAGAGACCCUGUGCCAGAGGAGCUGGAGUGGGAGGCCUACGUGUCCGACUCGGACUCUGACGGGGAAGGCCGAGGGUCUUUUUUUGACAUUUUGUCACCGGAGGAGCGGGAGCGUCAGCGCCGUGAGAGGGAGGAGUCUCGUCGCGUCCUGUCGGAGCUGAAGGCUGUCCUGGGCUUCCGUGCAUCAGAGGGGGAGAGGAUGAAGAGGAAGCAGCUGCUCUUCAAUGACCAAGCUGCUGUGGCGCUUUCAGCUUGCACUGAAGAUUCAGAUCCUGCCACCAACCCACCAGAUGCUCCGACCUCUGUAGGCUCGGCAGAAACCGGGGAUGAGGCGGGAAACCACAUCUCAGAGCAGCCCGCAGGAAGUGAUGGAGAAGAAACAGACAGGGUGAGCCCUGACCCCUCCGUGGAGCCGGUGAUGGAGUUCAUCUGUGGAGCGGAGGCGGAGGACAAGGAGUCGGUAGUGAGUUCAGUCUGCAACAGAGGAGGAGGAGGAGGGUCCGAGCUUCAUCAGUACGAUGGGCUCCUGGAGGAGGGGGCGGAGUCCCAGAACGGCCUGGACUGCCUCCUGCAGCCAAAAGUCACCGCCGUCACCUUGAUGGACAGACUGACUGAGAUCCACGGCUCCGAGGCUCUGAGUUUCAGCUCCGCCCUCGCUGCUCAGGUGGCGGCACGCUCACACUCGCUCGUCAAAAUGGAGGAGCAGACGUUUGGAGACGACGAGGAGGAGGAGGACGAAGAGGAGGACGAAGAGGAGGACGAAGAGGAGGAAUGCGACAGACGAACACCGGAGAAGGACUGAAAUGAAACUUUACUGCUUUAUCCGAGCACUGAGCAGAGACUUUGUUUAUGUCUGAUGGUCUGGAGUCUUUUAUCGAUGCGUCUGCUGUGUUACAUCUUAACUGUAUCUGGUGAUGAGAUAUUUAAAUUUCACUCUCUAUUACCCAUCCGUCCAUGUUACUGUACAUUACCCACGGUUCUUACUGCUCUCAUGCUGUUAAAACUCAGGAACCUGAACCACUAAAACAAAGACCAGACUUGACAGUGUUGAGGUCAGAAGAACAGAAUGUCGACAGGUUACUCUGUGACAGUCGACCUGUAGUAGGUGUCAGAACUGUCAAUCUGGAAAAGAUAUUUAUCAUAAUAAUAAUAAUAUUCUGAGACACGAGUGGUGAUUCUGACGAUUUGUUCAGACAGAAAGAAAAUAAAGAUCAGAGGUGGAAAUUCACUAAUUAAAAGGUUUUCCUUAUGAGCAGAAAAGACCUUUAUGAAUCUGUUCAAAUAUCAUUAAAUUAUUGUUACUCAUGAA